CACCCACUUCCUUUCAGCUGGAGAAACUAAAUUUGGCUAGGCCCUGAUCUGGUGAUGGAGCCAGCAUCAGCGGUAAGGCUUUUCUGACUCUCACCACUCUGAUGCUUCUCUCCCACAGGGAAAUCCAAUGAAACCUCACAUUACUAAUAAUAAUAGUAACUGGGGUAUUUUUAAAGUGCUUUAUUAUGUGCUAAGCACAGGGAUGGAUGCAGGCUCAUCAGAUCGGACACAGUCCCUGUUCCAUAUGAGGUUAAGGGGAGGAAACCUGUUUUUUUAAUGAGCUGUGCAAAACUGUACAGGUAUGGUCUGACUCCCUCUCAAAGCCUCCUCCCGGCCCAAGUUCGUUGUCGUUCCCCUGAGAAGCAACCUCAAUAAAUCACAAUGUGUCAGCAUCUGACCCUAUGCAAGCUGGGUAGCCACCACCGGUCACAUGAGUAGGCAUUGGACAUGGCCAAAUGUUCUUUCUGUUCUGCUCUGGGAACUUUUCUCAGCCAAAAGGAGGGGAAGAGAGGGGGAAGGAAAAGAAGCCAUUCUCACUGAUCUCAGAUUUGUCCCAGGGAGAAACCCGGGUUGGGGGUGCCUACAUCUCAGUGAUUCAGGUUCUGGCCGCCACAGGGACAGGGAGUUGGGGCCCAAUUCCUGGGUUGGGUUUUCAAGGCUGCCAGCUAUUUGGGGCUGUGGAUGAAAGGGAAUCCUUCUCCACCUCCCCCCCAACCCACUCUGAACCUGCCUUCCCCAUCCUGCCAUCUCUCCCCUGGAAGCUACAGUCAAUUUGGAGUUACAGUCAACUGGGAGCUACAAGCUACAGUCGACUCAGGAUACUCUCGGGGGAAGAUCAAGAACAAUAGAGUGAAUUCCGUCUAUCCUGUCCUUCUGCCUUCCCUUGAACUUUCCCGGCACCAGAUUUACCAUGCUCCUGCAACCAGCCAAUCCUCUCUUCCUCCCCUUCCAUCCCUCACCCCCCUGGGCCCAGUGUCCCCAUAACCCAUUGGAUUCCCUCUUUCCCUUCUGGAGGGCAUGGCGAAGUUGAGGUGGAGGGUAUUGGGCAUUUCCAGUGAUUGAGAGGGUAGGUGCAGGGUUUGGAAUCCUCAGGGUCUGACUGCUGCACCGCCACCCAGACACACCAUCUCUGGUUUCCUCAAUACCUCCUCCCUGUUAAACGCCCCCAGACACUGUGAGGAACAGAUGUUCUGGAUGGAUUCCUCCUCCAGUUACCUCAGGCAGAAGCCUCACCCUGGCAGAUUUGUGAUGCUGCCUCAUGGUCUCCGUCCCCAUAGCCAAUAGCCCUUCUAGUUCUCACAUGAGCCACGCACAGAACCGUAAAUGGAAAGCGGGGUCUACACGUGUGCACCCGCACUUGCAUGUGCACCAACACACAAACAUAUCAAGGGGUCGGGCAUUGAGACUGCAGAGCUAGCACCGAGGCAUUCUGACUCCCAGGAAACUCAGCCAGCCCUUGGUGCUCUCAUCCUUUCUUUCAUCCCCUGGCCCUGGAGGAGGCUCUGGAAUCUUAAGGAGCCAUUCCCAAGCCUCUGCCCCAGUGACUUCUUCUGGUCUCCAGCCCCCUCUGCAGGUCCCCGCCCCUUGCUCCCCUGCUCCUUGCUGUCCCCUCCCACUGCUUCCCCCACCCCCCCCUUCCUGCUCUGAUAAGAGCUUGUUUGCUCUGGCCAGCUUGGAAGCAUCUGACAGGCAGCAAUGAGGACGACCAGCCUGGCUCUGCGCUGCUCUCUCCUCAGCUUUCUGCUCCUGUUCCCGCCGGCUGCACCCUUCUGGCUCCUCAAUGUGCUCUUCCCCCCCAGCACCACCCCUAAAGCUGCCCUCAAAAACCACACCCGGCCCGUCAUACUUGUACCUGGCUGUCUGGGGAACCAGCUGGAGGCCAAACUGGACAAGCCAGAUGUGGUGAACUGGAUGUGCUAUCGCAAGACUGAAGACUUCUUCACCGUUUGGCUCAAUCUCAACAUGUUCCUGCCACUUGGGGUCGACUGCUGGAUUGACAACACCAGGGUGGUCUACAACCGGACCACAGGGCUCAUGUCCAAUGCCCCCGGGGUGCAGAUCCGUGUGCCUGGAUUUGGCAAGACCUACUCUGUGGAGUACCUGGACACCAGCAAGCUGGCAGGCUACAUGCACACCCUGGUGCAGAACCUGGUGAACAAUGGGUAUGUGCGGGAUGAAACGGUGCGGGCUGCCCCCUAUGACUGGAGGACUGAGCCAACCCAGCAGCAGGAGUACUUUGAGAAACUGGCCGCCCUGGUGGAGGAGAUGCACGCUGCCUACGGGAAGCCCAUCUUUCUCAUCGGCCAUAGCCUGGGCAACCUGCAUCUGCUUUACUUCCUGCUGAAGCAGCCCCAGGCCUGGAAGGAUCACUUCAUCGAUGGCUUCAUCUCUCUGGGUGCACCCUGGGGGGGCUCUGUCAAACCCAUGAGAGUCCUGGCCUCUGGCGACAACCAGGGGAUCCCCAUCAUGUCUAACAUCAAGCUGCGAGAGGAUCAGCGCAUGACGACCACCAGCCCCUGGAUGUUCCCGUCACCCCUAGCCUGGCCCGAGAACCACGUGUUCAUCUCCACCCCCAACUUCAACUACACCUAUCGGGAUUACCACCGCUUCUUCACUGAUGUGCGCUUCGAGGAUGGCUGGUUCAUGUGGAACAACUCGCGGGACCUACUGGCUGGGCUGCCCCCACCUGGGGUAGAGGUGUACUGCCUGUAUGGGGUGGGGCUGCCAACUCCCCACACUUAUAUCUACGACCACGGCUUCCCUUACGAGGACCCGAUAGAGAUGCUGUAUGAGGAUGGUGACGACACGGUGAGCACCCGCAGCAUGAAGCUGUGCAAAGGCUGGGCCAGUCGCCAACACCACCCUGUGCACGUGCUUGAGCUUCCUGGCAUUCAGCACUUCAACAUGGUCUUCAGCAAUGAGACCCUUGACCAUAUCAAUGCCAUCUUAAUGGGCACUUAUCGCGGUGUCAAUGCUACCACCCCUUAAGGCCCACCCCUUCCCCCGUGCCCCCACCUCCCCAACAUGCACACACACAAACACAUACAUACAACCCCAUCUGGGACUGCUGGGGAUCUGCCCUCACUCCAGACUCCCGGGAUCCAGGAUGUGACUCAGGAGGACCCCCUGUCAAGGGCCAUGGGAGGUGGGGGAGAAUGGGAGUCAGGAGUCAGCUCUGGCUCCCGGGAGAGGAGAGGGAGAGGGGAGGGAGAGCUUCAAGAAUGGGAUCAAGUGUCUUCAAGUGUCCAGGACGAUCCCCUGUGACGCUAUGGGCCUAGGGAGGGUGGAGUAGGAGGCCAGAGCAGUGGUGAGGGACCCAGGUCCCAGAGACCCUGCUCCUGUGAUGCCCUCUACUCGGUGCCCUCCAACUCAUGGGGUCCCAUGGGGCAGGGAUUGGUGUGGAUUAUUAAAUGUUGGGGCAUUUUGGCUUAAUAAAAAUCUGAAAUCUUC